AUGAAAACAGUUAAAAAUGACAAUAGUGUUCUUCGUGCUAAAAUUCGACGUUUAGAAGAAGACAAUGCACGUAAACGAAAAGAAAUUGAUUCCUUAUGUGAUACAAGCAAGGUAUCAUUUUAUAUUAAAGUUUAUUAUUGUAUAAAAAUAAUGUUUCAGGAUGGUGAUUUACGAGGAACAUUAUCAGGAUCAUUAACAGAUCGGAAUAAUAAUAAUUCCAAUGCGAAUGCUAUUCUACGUUUAAAACAACGUAUAUUUAAAUUAGAAACAGAAGUUAAACAAAAAGCAGCAACGAUUGAAGAAAUAAAAAGUGAUCCAAGAUGGACAAAAGGUACAGAAUUAGAAAUACAAAAUCGUGCGUUAUUUAGUGAACUUGAAAGACAAAAAGUAGAAAGACUAAAUUAUAUUCAACAGAAUGAUUAUGCAGCUACGUUUGAUGAAGAAAAAAAGAAUGCUGUACGAAAAUUAAAUAAAGAAAAAGAUGAUUAUAAAAAAGAAAAUGAAAUUUUAAAAAGAAAACUUGAAGAAUUUGAAAAAUUAGAACGGGGAAAACCAUUAUCAGCACGUUCAUCGGAUGAUAGUAGUAAUAAAGAAUUACUAAGAACAAUUGCAGAUCUUAAAGGAAAAUGUAAAGAUUAUCAAAAUGAACUUGAACAAACGAAUGAAAAUUUGGACAAAAUUCGACGUGAACGAGAGGAAUAUCGCAAAAAAUUUGAUCAAGCUAAAAAAGAACUUGAAGAUAUGCAAAAUGAACUUGAUAAACAAACAAAAUUGAAUAAAGGUGGUCGUUCAUCUCCAGCAUUAAAACGUGACGAAGACCAACAACAUCGAGAUUCUAUCAGUUUAUCGACAAUGCGUGUUAAACGACCACAAUCGCCAUCAGUUGGAAAUCGAACACCACGAUCGCCACCUAGUUUUAUUCGUCUAGAUUCGAAUUCAUCUGAAGAACCCACAAAAAUUGAUUCAAAACCAAGUACACCGACUCGAAAAUCGAGUGAACCAAUAGGUUUACGUACAUCAUCCACUAGUACAUUGAAUACUUCAUUAAAUGCAAAAAGACCAACUACUCCAGUAAAAUCAUCAACUAAAAAUGUACAUGCUAAUAACUGGACUACUGCUGAUGAUCAUCGUGUAAAAAAUUUUCGAGAAAAACAUGCAGCUACUGUUAUUCAACGAGAAUGGCGUCGUCAUGAAAAAUCACAUAAAGAUCCAUUACGAGAUAUAAAUAAAGCAAGACAUGAAAAUUUAGAUAAAUGGAGUUCCAAAAUAAGCGCUUCUACGAAAUCAUAUGAAGCACAAUCACCACGGUCAAAUUCUAAAGUUGAUAAUGUCGAUAGUAAUUCUAUUAAGAGUCGACCACCAUCAGCUAGUGCCACUGCUAAUGAAACUGCAUUAAAAACUGUACAAGCAGCAUUACGAGGCUAUUUAAAUCGAUCGGAAAUUGACAAAAUUCGAAGUACUACAUCGUCUCCAACGCCUAAAUCACGAUCACCAGUCCUAAUAGAAAGAUCUGAACGUGCUGAAAGUGACGAUGAUGAUUAUCCUAGUCUAACACGAUCGAAACCAUCUCAAUCAGUAUAUGGAAGUGAAAAAAAACAAGAUACACCUCAUGAUCAAUCAAAAUCAAGCACGAAACAAUCAUUAUUUAAUGAUAAAAUUCAACCAGACAGUCGAUCACCCUCAAGUGCUCGAGAUUUAGCUUCUAAAAUGCGUCAAUCCCCUUCACCUCCACCUGUCAGUCAUCGAUCUUCAACGCCGUUGGCUAGUGAUAAACUUGGUUCUAUCAAUCGAUUUCCAAUCAGUGAUAAAGAUUCAUUUUCAAAAUCACAACGUCCAUUUUCGCCGUCGAAUACUCGUCGUCCUAUAUCACCAUCAGCUAGUGAUCGUCCAUCUUCUCGUCAUAUUUCACCAGAUAAUACUCGACCACCACCAAGAACAAGUCCAGUUCUUUCUAAACAAACUAUUAAAGAAACAAAAAAUGAUAGCGAUGAUGACGACGUUGUUGUUGGAUGA